AUGCAAGAGCUACCACCAAUAACGACAUCAGCAAACCAACCACAACAACCAAAUAGAGGAGGACCUUUGUUAAUCGUACAACAACAAUCAAUUCAACCAGCAGCCACCACUGCCAUUACUUCUGCUACCACUACCAUGCAAGGACUUUCCUCUCAAACGAUUUGUCAACCUUCAUCACAAAGUUCUUUACAACAUUCUUCCAGACAAACUUCUCCUAAUAUCAAUGUCAAUAAUAACAACAACUCUCAAAUAUCAUCAAGACACUUGUCAAGUAUUCCUCCCCUACAAUCACAUCAACAAUUACUUUCGAAUUCACUUCAACCUAAUGUUUCAUCAUUGGAACAACGAUCUCAAAAACCGUCAGUUCUUUUACAACCUCUUCCGUCUAUCAUUAACACAACCACAUCUAAUACCAAUAAUACCAGUAAUACUCUCUUUCAACAAAUCAUAGCUUCGAACUCUAGAAAUCCUUUACAAAAUGAAGACAAAAUAUUUUAA